AUGCGUUCCUCGUACGGCGUGAUCGUCCUGUUGUUUGCGGCUCUCGUGAGCUGCUCGCUGAUAGUGAACACCUUAGCCGUCGGUGACGAUGGUUCCGGAGCCGUGAGCCGUAUCGGCAAUGGUCAGGCGGCCAGCCCAACACAGUUUCCCUUCAUGGCCGGUAUUCUGAUAAGUGGAUCGAACGCACGUUCGUUCUGCGGUGGAGCGCUCAUCUCGCGCCGUUUUGUCCUUACUGCGGCGGCCUGUGUCGUUGGCUCUAACACCUUCACCGUCCUGUUGGGGGCCACUGAUAUGACGCGUAUCGAACAGAUCAUCCCGGUGCUCAACAUUCCAUCGCACAUCAUCGUCCACCCUGGCUACAGUGCCUUGUUGAAUCGCGAUGAUAUUGCGCUCCUUCAGCUGUCCCAAGAAGCCAACCUGACACCGACGGUUCAGGUAGCGAACCUACCGCGUCGUUACCAUACCGCGUUCACCUUCAACGACUGGCCGGCAACGGUGACCGGCUGGGGUAAUACGGGCAACCGGGAUAAUGAACCGAUCCCGUUGCAACAGCUGCUGUUCGCGGUUGGUCCGGUCGUGUCCAACUUUGUCUGCGGCAUUUCGCACAGCUUCAUCCGCGAUGGCAACAUCUGCAGCUCAACCGAUAACGGUGGACCGUGCAAUGGUGACGAAGGUGGACCAGUGUUUGUGACGGAAGGAGGUGAAACCUUCAUCAUCGGUGUCCACUCGUUCCACUACGAUGGGCUAUUCGGGUGCGAUCGAAGCCGAUCGUCGGUCCAUACGCGCGUCACCGAGUAUCUGGACUGGAUCCAGACCAACAGUGACGUCGUGAUCCGGGAUUAG